UGAAGUUCUGUUUUAAGGACCAACGCCUAGCGCCCACGUUUGGCAUUACUCAUCCUCAGACGGCUCACUUCAUUCGAAAUCUUUGAUAAACCACAUUCGAUAGUGUUCUAGAGAUAAAGCGUCCCUUCACCGAAUCGAAACAGCACGUGUACUCGCAAACGUCUUGGCAAAUUUAGUUUUUUUUUUUCUAAAUUUGUUUUGUUCAUACAAGAGAAACAAAAUGGAAUCUAGGAAUAAGGGGAUUCCACGAUUGCUAGUGUAAGGGACUGCGGAAGAUCCCAUGGAAUUAGCAUUUAAUGCUCUUUCCACUGGCCUUUCCCGAACGAACAGAGAAUAGCCAACAUCAAACCAUCGAGUCAAACAGAUUGGUGAAUGAUGCCCGAAAAAUACUCAAUAGCCUAAGCAAAAAAAGAAUGUUUAAAACGAAACGAACCAAUACAGUAGGUGACAUAAAUCUUGAUGAGCAAACUUACCUUCUAACAACGCGAGAUAGCUUCAAUGUUGUUGGGGAUGGCCACGAUGAUAAGCGUAAGGAUAGAGGUCGCUCUUUAGACGUAAAUGCGCAGCGUAAAUGCGUUCGAUUCAUUCUGCAACACUAACUCGAAUCACUCAACUGUAGUCUACUGCCAGAUGAAGGUCCUCCUUCGUUCCUUCCUUUCUGUAUUUCCUGUCUGCCACCAUACCAAGUUGUUAUUCUUGCGGUCUAACCUUACUGUCUUUCCUGUGGUGUGUGUACAAAACGUGUAAAACUAUCUUGGAAAGAACGUGUUAUGUGGUAAACACAACAAGGAUGACCAUAACGUACUCGACACUGCUUAAACGAAUCUCUUAGAUAUUAUUGGAUCGAAGAAACAAGCCGUUGAUCACUCAACCUAGAGGGAUUCCGCCGCUCGAAUCUAGCUAGGAUUUAGAUACGAAUUCGAUACGAAGCGAGUGCCUAAAAAGGGAGUGCCUUUUUCUACGUUAUGCUAACGUGAAAACUGCCAUAUUAUAUUUAACUGUUUGUAAUCGGACUCUGCACAUAAUGCAUGGUAUUUGUAACGAGACAUAUGGUUUCCUCUAACGAGCGAGAGUUAAUUCAUGAGGGAUGUUGAAUGGGGAGGGGGAGUGAAAUUAUGAAGUCAAAUAAAAAAAUGCUUAUACUAUAACCGGGAAUUGGAUGGCAGCGGGCAGCAGUACAAGAUGGUAGUCAAAGUCAAGUGGUAUUCAUGCAUGACCAUUUUGCGUAUGAACCUUACCUAGGUAUUGCAAGUAUUAAACAUUCACGGUUCCGAUGAGCCGGCCAAUCAAACCGCUGCAAUCUGCUAAACUGUUACUGUGAAGGAACAAAUUAAAUUGUGCUUUAAAGGCGACUCUAUUUAACUUACAAAUUUCGUUUUAAUUAAACGAUGUAAUGCUUAAAAUAAACGCAAAAACCCUUAUUUAUUCCCCUGCAACAGUCGAUAGAUGGUGAAGCAAAUCGGAAGAAGCGUGUCCGGUUAGAAGAGUAACAAACUACUAUAAGUAGUAUUAGAAACUGCGAUCCCUUACAAUCCAUCCUAACAUGGUCAUUUUUAAUGCAUCUUGCAGCUAAACCCGAUCACGGGAUGUGCUUGCCCUAUCUCUUUUGAUGCUUGGGCUCUAGUAUGGCCUGGGACGUUUGUGGUGUCAAUCAAACUUGUCUCCCUCUUCGUCGACCAUCAUGUUGGCGUCAUUGUAUAUACCAUGAUUCGCGUGCGUGUUUCGCUAAUAUGCGAAACAUUCAUUUGUCUAUUGUAACUUCCGCGAGAUAGAACGAUGUUCCCGUUGAGAGUCGGUGCCAAUGGUACGCGAAGGAACAGCGGCGCGCUCUAUGGAUACCGAAUCGAAGUUCUUCGGUUUCACUUAUUCCACGCGUCUCUUAUUAAUCAUUAGCAUUGCAACUAUUAUUUGUAUUAUUAUUAUUAUUUUUAUGAUUGUGAAUUCUUAGUUUUUAAAUUUUAUCAUCCCUAUUAUUUCGAUGUUUCAUACUUACUAUAACUAAAUGUAUGAGAAAUAAUAAAAGUCAAGCUGCAUUUCACAAUGCAGAUAAAGUUGCCGACUCCCUUCCAAGGUUUGCUGCACUUGGUUGUUUCAGUAGCUCAGCAGUGCUUAAACACGAUCGAUAUUCCACAUCCGA